GGGACUUAGUAUUGACACAACAUGCCCAAUUUGCAAUGAUGCACACGAAUUCAUUGAUCACAUCUUCCCCAAGUGCCCAAUAGCAUUAGCGGUAUGGCAACAAGUAGGAAUUACAUGCCCCAAAGAUCCCCAUCCUUUUACUGAUUGGAUGUGUGGUCAUUCAGAGCAAACCCCAUCGAAAAAGAUGGGACUUCUAUUCAAGGUGGCUUGGGCGAUGUGGUUUAACAGAAACAAAGUAAGAGUUGCAGAAGCUGCUCUUAAUCUUGGCCAAAUUAGUCUGUAUGCACAGAAUUUUCAUGGUCAAGUAUUGAUCGAAAUGGUUCAUAGGACCUCUACCCAACCCCAUCUCCUAGGUGGAAUUAGCACGUGGUGUGCCCCUUGUGAAGGAACCCUUAAGAUUAAUUUCGAUGGUGCAAUCAAUGAGGAGAGGAAAUGCCCUGGCAUUGGUCAUUGA